AUGCUUUCGGAUGAGGAAGAUGAGGAAGAGAUUGAUUUUUUCAAACAACACUCGGAAAAUGAAGAAUCUAUACAUGAUAUAAUGAAUAGUGGCGAAGAAAAUGAUAAUUUUAAUAAUGGAACAUCAGGAGAGAGUGAUAAUGAUGAGUAUAUCGCUGGAGACAGCCUAGACGAUGAUGAUUUAGAUUCGAGAGAUUAUGUUGAAAAAGUUUUUGAUGAUGUUUCAUCAGAAUCAGAGAAUACUCAGGAACAUUAUGUCAUAGGUGCAGAUGGUAAUCCACGCAAAAUAUUACCCGAAAUUGAUCCAGUGUAUGAUAGCGAUUCUUCGACCGAAAAUCCAACUAAUACCGUUGGCAAUAUACCUAUGGAAUGGUAUGAUGAUUAUCCACAUAUUGGCUAUAAUAUCGAUGGAAAAAAGAUUAUGAAACCUGCUAAAGGCGAUGAACUGGAUAAGUUUUUGGAGAAUAUGGAAGAUCCGGAUUCAUGGAUUUCUGUCAAAGAUAACCUCACACAACAAAACGUGAAAUUGACUAAUGAAGAAUUAGAAAUCAUCCAUCGAAUUCAAAUGGGUUCAUACCCUAAACAAGAUUAUGAUCCUUAUGAGCCGACGGUUGAAUGGUUCACUAGUCAAACAGAAGUCAUGCCAUUAAAUGCUACACCUGAACCUAAACGUCGGUUUAUCCCUUCAAAAUGGGAAGCAAAACGUAUUAUGAAGCUAGUACGCGCCAUUCGCCAAGGACACAUUGUUCCUGGAAAAACCCAGAUACAGAAACCACGGUUUUAUAAUUUAUGGAAUGAUACCGACCAACCGCAUGAGGAACAUCCUAUGCUUAUUCCCGCUCCAAAAACGAAGUUACCUGACCAUGAGGAAAGUUAUAAUCCACCUCCAGAAUAUUUGCUAACCGAAAAAGAAAAGAAAAUGUGGGAAGAAAUGGAUCCUGAAGACAGAGAAAAAAAUUUUAUACCUCAAAAGUAUUCGUGUCUAAGAGCUGUACCUGCGUAUAAUCGGUUCAUUCAGGAGCGAUUUGAUAGGUGCCUUGAUUUAUACCUUGCACCACGUGUUCGAAGGAAUAAACUUAAUAUUGAUCCAGAAUCACUUAUUCCUAAACUUCCAAAUCCUAAAGACCUUCAGCCUUUUCCUACAUCUCUUACACUUUCAUAUGAUGCACACACUGGUCGUGUGCGUUGCAUUUCAAUCGAUCCUACAGGACUUUGGUUAAUUUCAGGUUCAGAUGAUAAAACUAUCAGGUUGUGGGAAAUGAUAACCGGUCGCUGUGUUAAAACGUGGGAAAUUGAGGAUAUCGUUCAUUCAGUUGCCUGGUGCCCAAUUAAGGAAGUUUGUGCAUUUGCAUUUUCUUGUACAAAUAAAGUUGGCAUUAUCUCGCCAACAUGUAUUUGUGAAGAAGAAGUUGCAAUUUCAACUACUCAGUAUGUUACAGCAGGAUUUGAUAACACUCAACAUAAUGUAGAACAAAAAUCCAAAUUGGUUGACUGGUCAAAGCCAACUAAUCAACAGAAUUUGAAUGGGAUUCUCGUCAUUAUUCAACACGUUCAUGAUAAGACAAUUAAACAAAUUGCUUGGCAUAAGAAAGGAGAUUAUUUUUCGACUACUGCGCCGGAUGCUGGUAAUCAAGGCAUUCUAAUUCACCAUCUUACCAAGCAUCAAACUCAACAGCCUUUCCGUAAGACUAGAGGAAUUAUUCAAUCCGCUAUGUUUCAUCCUAUUAAACACUUGUUCUUUGUUGCAACACAAAGAUAUGUUAGAAUUUAUAAUUUAAUGAAACAGGAAUUGACAAAGACUUUGCAAGCGGGGGUUAAAUGGAUUUCUAGCCUCGACAUUCAUCCAAUGGGCGAUAAUAUCAUAAUAGGCAGCUAUGAUAAGAAAUUAUGCUGGUUUGAUUUGGACCUAUCUUCGAAACCAUACAAAACUUUGCGGUAUUUGUUUGUAUUUUUUGCAAUUCGUAACGUGACCUAUCAUAAAAGGUUACCGUUAUUUGCGUCGUGUAGCGAUGACGGAUUAAUACAAAUCUUUCAUGGUAUGGUGUAUAAUGAUUUGCUUCAAAAUCCAUUAAUUGUUCCAGUAAAGAUUUUAAAAGAUGGACAUCAAGUCGUGAAUAGCCUAGGCGUUUUGGACUGCGAAUUUCAUCCAACGCAGCCAUGGAUAAUAUCUUCAGGUGCAGAUCAUACUAUAAAUUUAUGGACAUGA